AUGAAGGAGACAAAAGGUAGACUUAGUAAGCGGCCAUUUAAGCCUGUCACUUAUGAUUAUAAGCGACAGACGGGACUGGUAUUCGCGAAUAUGCAGCAGCUGAAACGUAGGAGGGCUCACCCUUCCAUCCAGUCAUACACAAUCCUGCCCGUUCUAUCAUUCUUUUCCAGUUAUAACCUGAUACAUACGACCAUAGGGUGGCUUCCCGUCCGCUCAGCCGUACUCAAGCCACACGCCGGUGAGUUAGUAGUUGGGUGGGUGACCACCAGCGAAUCCUCACUGUUGUAUGUUUUUGUUGUUUUGUCCUUUGCAGUAAUUCUUAAUGCGCCAUCAACACCCAAGUGGCUUUCACGUGCGUGA